AUGACAGUUACAGAGCUUGUGUGGAAUCAGAUCAAGAUUUCCGAAAGGGAAGUUUCCCUCGCAAAGGUUUUGCGCUGCGGCCAAGCGUUCAGAUGGAAAAAUAUUGACGGCAUCUGGUCGUGUGCUUUGGCUAACCGCGUAGUAUUUCUCCGCCAGGUGCCAGAGGGCAUCUUCUAUUCCUCUCUUGGGGGCACAGAGGAUUCCACGCUUGCAUUUCUCGAGGAUUACCUUCAGCUCUCCGUCUCUGCUAAAGCCUUGUACGAGCAGUGGUCGCAGGUCGAUGCACACUUCUUGAAAAAACAGCAAGACCUCCAAGGCAUUCGUAUUUUGCGCCAGGAUCCGUGGGAGUGCCUUGUCUCCUUUAUCUGCUCGUCCAAUAAUAAUGUCAAGCGGAUCUCCCAGAUGUGCGACAACUUGUGUAUCCACUACGGCGACUACGUGGCUUCUUACAACGGGACAAAGUACUUUACGUUUCCUCCGCCGGCGAAGCUCGUGGCCCCCAGCAUCGAGGCAGAGCUUCGCGCGCUCGGGUUCGGCUACCGCGCAAAGUACAUCGAGAAGACCGCACUAUUGGUGCAUCUGAGUUCAACCGGCGUAGCAGACUUGCACGCGUUGCGCGCGGCAGAUUAUGAUACCGCACGCGCUGCGCUCUUGCAAUUCACCGGUGUUGGACCCAAGGUUGCCGACUGCGUCGCCUUGAUGGCGCUCGAUAAGCAUGGUGUGGUUCCUGUGGACACCCAUGUGUAUCAGAUUGCCAAGCGCGAUUACAAAUUCAAGGGAAAGGGUGAAACCGUCACGCCCCAGAUCAACAAGGCGGUAGGCGACUUUUUCCGUGAUUUGUGGGGCGAGUAUGCUGGCUGGGCCCAUAGUGUGUUGUUCACUGCGGAAUUGAAGGACUUGGGGAAUGGGGUUAAUGUAAAGGCGGGUGAGGCGGUAAAGAGUACCAAGGUAAAAAAGGAGGAAACUUUCGAGGCUCUAACGGCCACUAUCCGCGCUGAUACCAGAUUAAUCGCGGAAUGUUAG